AUGGCUUUUACCAUUUCAGGAGCACGGCUAGGAGGCCAUCACUGUCCCUUCACGUCUGCCAAGUGGCUUCGAGAGAAAUAUGGCGAUGUGUUCACCGUGUACCUGGGACCAAAGCCAGUGGUCAUGCUGUGUGGGACAGAGGCCAUACGGGAGGCCCUGGUGGACUAAGCUGAGGAUUUCUCUGGUCGGGGAACACUGGCCAUCACUGAGCCAAUUUUCCAGGGAUACGGUGUGACCUUUGCCAAUGGAGAACGUUGGAAAACCCUUCGGAGAUUCUCUCUGGCCACCAUGAGAGACUUCGGGAUGGGAAAGCGGAGCAUUGAGGAACGGAUUCAGGAGGAGGCUCAGUGUUUGGUGGAGGAGCUGAGGAAAUCCAAGGAAAGGGUCCAAAAGGAGAUUGAGCAGGUGAUUGGCUCACACCGCCCACCAGCCCUUGAUGACCGCACCAAGAUGCCUUACACGGAGGCCGUAGCAUUUAUUAUUACUUGUAUUCUUGAUAAAAUGGCAGUGUCUCUUGAUCUUUCAACCUUUCCUCAGAACACUGAAGUGUACCCCAUCCUGAGCUCUGCUCUCCACGACCCGCAUUACUUUGAAGAACCAGACACCUUCAACCCUGACCGCUUUCUGGAUGCCAAUGGCGCACUGAAGAAGAACGAAGCUUUUAUCCCCUUCUCAGCAGGGAAGCGCAUCUGUCUUGGUGAAGGCAUCGCUCGCAAUGAACUAUUCCUUUUCUUCACCACCAUCCUCCAGAACUUCUCUGUGGCCAGCCUGGUGGCUCCUGAGGACAUCGACCUCACUCCUAAGGAGAGUGGUGUGGGCAGAGUAGCCCCAACAUACCAGAUCUGCUUCCUUCCUCACUGAAUGGGCUGAUGGAAGAGGGAUGAAAGAUUCCAGGGUUAUUAAGUUCCCCUUUUUCUUUGAAAAAGUAGGUGAUGAGUAGUUAUCUUGAGCUCCUGGAUUCUUGUUCUGAGGAUAUAAUAUCCUGUUGUCACAAAAGAGGACUAAUAGAAAAGAGAGCAGUCCAAUAAUAUACCAUGCAGAACAUUUCAGUAUGUUUCCAGGAUUUCCAUUUAAUUCUCAAAGUAUUUGAUCAGCUAAAGAGAUAGGAUCCAAAAGAUCAUCAUAUCUUGAAUAUGAUGAUGUAACUUCAAAAGAUCCAAGCUGUUAUUAUUGUUCUGCCAAAUACCCAAUAGAUCGUUUUUAACCUUCUCCCAAUCCCAUUGGGAAGCAUGAGAUAUGGCCACCAAAACUGUGACUGCAGAAGCAAUAAAUGAA